AUGCCUGUUCGUGCGUGCUUCCCCUCCAUCACCAGGUCUAAUGUUCGUCACGUGGGUGAUAAAGGAUUUCAAGUCUUUGCAACACAGCAUUACGUCACCGGAAUUCGAAAGCGGUGGCUGCAAAUGGUAAGGAAGAAGAAAAUCAAGGCAAAGUUUUGGCUCGCUAUAAAAAGUCCAUACCGACGUAGAGCAACACGUGAUGAUCCGAAAUAUUUUGAUUGGAAGUAUACUGCGUGGGGUGUAUCAGACUUGUUGGACCGUAGCGAACUUGAUGAUGGUUUUCUUGAUGAUCACGGUGAUCUCAAUAUUGAAGCUCACGUAGAGGUUCUCUUCAAAUCUGGUCUUCAGACGUGUUGCUGUGGCAGGGGCUUUAGACAACGUGUUCGAUGA